UCGGAAUGAAUAAAGUAAACAUAAAGUCUUUAAUUAAAAUGACAUUGACUUCUUAUCGUUGUGUUUAAAAGGUUUCUUGAAAUUAAGACUACAUUAUUUUGCUCAUCAUGAAGGUUGAAGUUGUGGCAUUUGUCCUGUUAGCAGAAGUGCUUGGAGUAGCCUGGGGCGGGACCGAUUACAGUCACUGUACAAACUAUGCAGAAUAUAACACCCUUGCUAACCUAAUGAAAAACGAUACAUGUAUGCAAGCAGAUUCAGUUUUCAAUCUGCUUACGGCAAUUACCUUACGGGAAAGGGAUGGAGACUGUAGGAUUCAUUUGAUAAAUCUCCUUGCAGACCACUUUGGCAAGCAUUCCUCUACGCCAAACAAUUGUCAUUGUCAAGGAGCGAACAAACUGCAGCAGUAUUACAUGUGGCCUGUAGACGGGAUAGCACCUUUAAGGGACCAUUGUCUGUAUAAUUCUGGAGAGUACAGAAACAUGUACUACCAGUUUUUUGAGUCCCCGUAUUCGAAUAAUUACCAUAUGGCUUGCAGAACACAUCACUCAGUUUGGUCUGCGCUUAGAAGCAUUACUACAAACGGCAUUGGCAAUAAUUCUUGCCAAAAAGAUAUAAUAGUUCAUCUAAAGUACACAUUUGAACACCUUACGGAUCACUGUAUAUGCACAGAUGCACCUACGCAUGUCAAUAGUCACCAGGGACAUGACAAUGAUAAAUGCCAUCAUUACGACAGUUUCAAUAAGCUACAGCAGCUUGCAGAGACGGAAGGAUGUUUGAGUGCGAAUUCAGUGUGGCACUAUCUUGAUGACCUUCAAGUAAGGGCUCCAGCAUGCCGAGAGAGAAUUCAAAAACACUUGAAUGACAAGUAUGCGACGUCACAGGGUGUAUCCCAUUGUACUUGCAAUGAACGACGUCAUCUUGUCAACCGUCCAAUACACCGAACGUUCAAUGAUAGCGUUUUCGACUGCUUACACCGCACAAGCGGCACCUACCGUGACAUCGAAGCUGACCUGUUUUCAAACAUUCGCGCAAAAGGGUGCCAGAAUCAUGACUAUUUAUGGACCAAACUGGAAAGCGUGCAGAACUACUGCUCAUGGCACAACAUGUACCGCCAGUGUGAACAAUGGGUUGACUGUACAAAGGACUUGAUAGUUACGGCAGCGAUUCAGUAUCCAACAGAUGAUUCUGACGGCUGUGUUUGUUCGAAAAUUACUUCCCCAACUUUGCCAGUAACCUCAACAACUGCAACGAAAGCUCCCACGUCAGCGGUGAACACGCCUUCAUCCACACCCACAACUGCAAUGAAAGUUCCCACGUCAGCGGUGUCCACGCCUUCAUCCGCACCCACAACUGCAACGAAAGCUCCCACUUCAGCGGUGACCACGCCUUCAUCCACACCCACAACUGCAACAAAUGAUCCCACGUCAGCGGUGUCCACGCCUUCAUCCACACCCGCAACUCCUACGCCUGCUUCUGCUUCGUCGGUAAAAGUAACUCAUUCAUCAACUACAGUUAUAUCAACACAGCGAACAACCCCGACAAUUAAAUUUGCAUGUAACAAACUUGCAGUUGUAGAGGACAUUGCGAAGUCCUUGAAAGCAAUACAUCCAAAUUCCAGCUAUUGUAAUGCAAGCGCUGGCGGGUCUGAUGACGCGUAUGUUCUGUCUACAUGCAAUAUUGCGUCACCGGUGACGUGGACAAAAGGAGCCAAUGUGAUGGCGGACUGUGAGUCAAGUACACAAUUAAUACCCACAUACACACCAAUAUCAACAUUCGACGGUGACAGUUACACUCCUCUUGGCGCUCAGUCUGGCAUAUUUUUGGGAUGUUAUAACAGUGGUAUCAAAAUUGCGAUCCAAAAAUGUAAUGGACUUCCUGAAAUUGUCAAGAUUGAGAAUGGAGCGUUCGUCGAUAACGCCAGGAACUACUACAUUAUUGUAUAAGUUUAUUUUGAAUAAAAUUGCAAUUAUAAAUUGUUUCAGCAAAGACAAA